AUGGCGGGAGAGGUUUUGAGUUCUUCGCUAGCAAAGGAAGUUUUGAUCUUCUCCUAUCGAAGCUUGCCGACGGAACACAAAUACGUCAACAGAGUGAUCUCGUACUGUGCAGCAGGCAUUCGAUCCGAGCAGCAAAUAGAACAGUUGAGGAAUCUACAGAAAACUGGAAGACAUGCUCGAGAUUACGGUGCAUUUGACCAAGCAAUCGAGCAAGCAGAACAUAAAGUUGCCUGGAUCAAGAAGCAUUUCCGAAAACUGUCGGAUUUCUUCAAGAGGGCUGACAAGGGUCAUCACGACGACGAUGAUAAGUCUCCGUCUGCGGAAGAACUACGUCUCCCGAAAAGCAUAAGGCCAUUGUCAUACGACUUGACCAUCAAAACGUAUCUGCCGAAUUACGUGCAAUUUCCACCAGAAAAGAAUCUCACUUUCGAUGGCCAAGUGAAAAUUUCUUUGAUGGUUUUGGAGCCCACAAAAUCCAUCGUUCUCAACGCAAACAAUAUCACUGUGAUACCUGAGGAAUGCGAGCUGUUUUUGGGCAGUCAAAAAAUUGUCAUCGAAAAUGUCACGUAUCAUAGGAGACUUCAGAAGGUGGAAUUCCUCAUAAAGGAGCGACUUGAGAAGAAUCAGAAUGUUCUGCUCAAUGUGGUCUACACCGGCGUGAUCAGCAAAAUCCUCGGCGGACUUUACCAGGCCACCUAUACUCACAGGAUGGGAGCACCAAGUAAGAUUAGCAGUAUUCUUAAUGAAGAGUUACUGAUCGCUGCAACCUCUCAGAUGGAGCCAACAGACGCUCGAAGAAUGGUGCCUUGUCUAGACGAACCGAGCUUCAAGGCAAAUUGGACCGUCACUGUGAUCCAUCCUAAAGGCACAAGAGCCGCCUCAAAUGGCUCAAAUGGCAUUGAAAUAGGCGAAGGAGAGAUCAGCGGUGACUGGGUUACAUCAAAAUUCGAGACCACUCCACCAAUGUCUUCCUAUCUGUUGGCCGUAAUCGUCUCUGAAUUUGGGUUCAUUCAGGGGUUCCGACGCGAAAUCGGUGUGUUACGGUCCGAUAUGGUCCACGUCCGAGGCGAAGAUAUGACACACCUACGCUCUGGACUGCUGGAAUCAGUGAAGCUUGGAAUUUCUUACGAGAAACUUUCUUUGAUAUCAAAUUUCCUCUUGAACAAAAGCAAGGUUCGUGCUCCGCUAGUUCGAAGAGAAGUCCACGUAAUGCAAAAUUAG